AUGCUGUCCCUUCUCUUGGUAGCGCCGGUCGUUCUGGCGACGGCGACGUCGUCAGCGGCUGCCCCAGCCUUCACCUACAAUUCGUCUUCGUUCCUGCUUCAUGGGGAUCCAUACGUUAUCAUUGGAGGUCAGAUGGACCCACAACGCAUCCCUCCUCAAUACUGGCAAGACCGAUUGGCCAAGGCCAGAGCCAUGGGUCUGAACACGAUCUUCAGCUACGUAUACUGGAACCUCCUUGAGCCUGAACAAGGACUGUGGAAGGACGAUGAGGACUACAACGAUAUUGCGCAGUAUUUUCGGAUCGCGCAGGAAGAAGGGCUUCACGUUGUGCUGCGGCCAGGACCGUACAUCUGCGGCGAGCGGGAAUGGGGAGGAUUCCCGGCCUGGCUGAGUACAGUACCAGGCCUUGUUGUGAGAAGUUUCAACGAACCCUACUUGAACCUCUCAAAGACCUAUCUCGAGCAUCUGGGUGCAAUUUUGCGGCCGCUGCAGGUUACACAAGGGGGUCCGCUGCUGAUGGUCCAGGUGGAGAACGAGUUUGGCUCCUACAACGACUCCGACCACGAAUAUACACAAGCACUACGGGAUGUUCUGCGAGAAAAUUUCGACGUCCCGUUAUACACAAACGAUGGAGGCACAAAUUGGACUUUGGCUGGCGGAGAGGUCCCUGGCGCCCUGGCCGAGACCGACGGAGACCCGUCGAGCGGGUUCGCAGCACGAGACGAAUAUGUCACUGAUCCGAGCGAAUUAGGCCCUCUUCUUGACGGUGAAUAUUACACAUAUGCACCGGAUACGUGGGGCAGCGACAAUCCACACAGCACUACUGUUGGGGAUCCUUCUGAGGUUGCCCAGUUUGUAGAGCUGACAACUGCUCACGGGCGACAUAAGGACUUGGACUAUGUUCUCGGGGCCAAUAACUCAAUAAGUCUCUAUAUGUUUCAUGGGGGAACCAAUUUUGCUUUCAGCAAUGGGGCCUUGUGGAAGAAUUAUACAGCAAGCUUCACCACGUCGUAUGAUUAUGGUGCGCCUCUUAGCGAGGAUGGUCGAACAACGGACCUAUAUUUCACAUUGCGCGACACUAUCCAGAAAUACACGGCCGACAAGAUCCCCGAACCACCCGCUGACAUACCUCUUCUGUCUAUCCCCGACAUCACACUCUCGGCAAAGUCGUCGCUCUUCAAUGUUUCAUCCUCAAAGACAUCAGAGACAUCCCCUUUGACCAUGGAGCAGCUUGGCCAGAGCUACGGCUUCAUUCUUUAUGAACACCAGGUGAUCGACCGCGGGACAGAGUUAUCGUCUAUGUCAACGGGGAUCCGGACUGGAGUCAUCGACAGCACAUACGCGCAGCCCAAGGACGUCUCCCUGAAUCUUGGGCCGGGAGACACUCUGCAGCUCUUGGUCGAGAAUCUCGGCCGUGUGGAUUAUUGGUCUCUGGAGUCGGACCUGCCCAAUCACGUCCUGGAUCCUUACAAAGGAAUCGUUGGUAAUGUGACCGUUGGUGAAUCUGUUCUGGAAACCUGGUCUAUGGUCACCAUCCCCUUGGACGAGAUCCCUCCAAUGGCAUCGCCGACCAACUCAUCACUGCUCAGCCAGACACCGACCUUUUACUCUGGAACUUUCACUUUGGGAUCAAACUAUACGGAUUCCGCCCAGCUUGACACCUUUAUUGCGAUUCCCAAUGGGGUGAAAGGGAUGGUAUGGGUUAACGGUUUCAGCCUCGGAAGAUACUGGAUUGUUGGACCUCAACAGUCCCUUUAUUUGCCUGGCACAGUUCUCAAUGCUGGUCAAUCAAAUGAGAUUGUUGUUCUCGAGUUGGAACCUGGAAACAGCGCGAUGAUCGCAAGGGGGGAGGCCGAGAGAGUCUGGGCCAACUAUCCUGACCCAGAUUACAGUUGA